UUAGGGCUAUAUUUCUUCUCAUCAGUCGGUUGUUCCCGUUGUUUCAUCAAUUGGGUUUUAAACUCAAAAUUAGGUCUUAUUCAGGGCGCUGAAAUCCCUUCCGAUAAUUAGCAAUCCUUUUGCUUUGUUCGGAGCAGUUCGACAUGAGUAACAAUGCUGCGGGGGUUGAUAACACCUUCAGGAGGAAAUUCGAUCGGGAAGAGUAUCUUGAACGAGCUCGUGAGCGCGAAAGACAGGAGGCUGAUGGGAAGUUUAAAUCAAAAUCAAAAGCUCCUCCAGUGCAAAGGAAGCCUUUGAAGCAUAGGGAUCAUGACGUGGACCUGGAAUCUAGAUUGGGGAAAACUCAGAUUGUUACUCCAAUAGCACCAUUGAGCCAGCAGGCUGGAUAUUACUGUUCUGUUUGUGAAUGUGUAGUAAAGGAUUCUGCCAACUACUUGGAUCAUAUCAAUGGAAAAAAACAUCAAAGAGCUUUGGGCAUGUCCAUGCGUGUGGAACGAGCAUCUCUUGAGCAGGUACAACAAAGGUUUGAACUUCUCAAGAAGCGGAAAGCUCCUGUAAGCUUUACAGAACAAGACCUUGAUGAGCGUAUUUUAAAACAACAGCAAGAAGAUGAGGAACGGAAGCGCCAACGACGAGAAAAGAAGAAAGAGAAGAAGAAAGAGAAGGCAACAGCAGAAGAGGAAACUGAAUUAGAUCCUGACGUUGCUGCUAUGAUGGGAUUUGGCGGUUUUGGUUCAUCAAAAAAGUGAUGAUGUUUGAUGACUCCAUACUCUAUGAGGAUUGAACGAUGCUGCACUUGUUCAGAUUAUUGUUUUCAUAAGAUUUCCGACUCCACAGAGAUCAGCGUUUUGCUCGGGAUGACAGCUUCCAGAAAAUGCAUUAUUAUACCAUGUCAAUAUCUUCUUACCGAAUAGUGAGAAUAGAUGUCUUUAUUUUUUGCUUAUUGACUUGUAAUCUAAAUCUUUAACUGUUCAAGAGAACUGGUGGAAUGAUUGGUCUUUGACUGAACAAUUUUGAGAGUUCGGGAUAAGGUUCAUUUCAUGCUCACCAUUUAAUAGAUGUGAAACGUUUGAACUGUUUUGAUGCC